UGAUCCGAGACUCGCACUGUCAAAAACCCUAAACCCUAAAAGUUUAGCUAUAAAUCCUUCAUUACCACACUUCAUUUUUCUUCAUUCCAAUCCGUGUUUCUUUCAAUAAUCUAAGCUUUCGAAGAUGGUUCCUCCCCGAGGUCGUGGUGGUGCUGGUGGAGGGUUCAGGGGUGGCAGAGGUGACAGAGGCAGAGGGAGAGGUGGUGGUGGUGGAAGAGGUACGCCAUUCAAAGCUCGAGGUGGCGGCGGCAGAGGUGGUGGUGGUCGUGGAGGAGGUAGGGGUGGCCGUGGAGGAAUGAAGGGAGGCAGCAAGGUUGUGGUUGAGCCUCACAGACAUGAAGGUAUUUUCAUUGCAAAGGGUAAAGAAGAUGCUCUUGUUACUAAGAAUUUGGUUCCUGGUGAAGCUGUUUAUAAUGAGAAAAGGAUCACUGUGCAGAAGGAGGAUGGCACAAAAGAUGAGUACAGGGUUUGGAACCCUUUCCGUUCCAAGUUGGCUGCUGCCAUUCUCGGUGGGGUUGACAACAUAUGGAUUAAACCUGGCGCUCGAGUCCUGUACCUAGGAGCUGCUUCUGGAACAACUGUUUCACAUGUGUCGGAUGUUGUUGGUCCGAAUGGAGUUGUCUAUGCCGUGGAGUUCUCUCAUCGUAGCGGGCGUGACUUGGUCAACAUGGCGAAGAAACGCACCAAUGUUAUACCCAUUAUUGAAGAUGCUAGACAUCCAGCUAAGUACAGGAUGUUGAUUGGCAUGGUAGAUGUGAUAUUUUCUGAUGUUGCGCAACCUGAUCAGGCAAGGAUUUUAGCAUUGAAUGCCUCAUAUUAUCUCAAAGCAGGGGGUCAUUUAGUUAUUUCAAUCAAGGCCAACUGCAUAGAUUCCACAGUACCAGCGGAGUCUGUGUUUGCAAGUGAAGUCAAUAAGCUGAAGGCAGAGCAAUUUAAGCCUUUUGAGCAAGUCACCCUUGAACCAUUCGAACGGGACCAUGCCUGUGUCGUUGGUGGAUACAGAAUGCCUAAGAAGAAAAAAGAUGCCGAGUAAACUUGUUUCUUUAGAUUACAUUACAUGUUUUAAUAUUCAAUAUCUUGAGAUGUUAGUGAUAUAUUGUGAUAAAGAAAUCUUGAGAUUUUUAUACCUACACCUUGUUUUGGUAGUCUCUACUCGAUAGAAGCUUUUCAAAAGAAUGUGUAAUGUAAAUUUGUAAUUUCAUGGUUGGGUUUCUUCUUUUA